CGAAAAAAUCAUGUUGACGUUUUAAAGACAACAUGAUCUAUAUCCGUUAUCGACGCCCAAGGUAUGAAUUGAGGAUGGAUUGCAUUACUGGUGUCGUCGAUAGAUGAAACAAUGGACGCUUGAUAAGCCUUUAUAAAAUAUCACUGCUCUAUAACAUUUCGGAUGCUUUGUCUGGGGCAUAGUUACGAAGAGAGAAAGGAUCAAUCAUCAUUAAUUUAUUUCGGUUCCACGUGGACUUUACGACCACGUGUUCCCGGAUAUAUCCGUUAAUCAUCAGUAUAGCCAAGGUCAACAUGCACCUGUCGCGAGUUGACCAAUGGCCAACCGGUCAAUUAGUAUAUAAACGUGGAAUUCUAGUUUCUGCAUCCUCACUUCAUAUUUACCUAGUGUAGUGACAGCAUCAGACAAUCUAUAGUACAGGAUGAAGGUCGCCAUGCUUGCUCUCCUCCUCGUCAUCGACAUUGUAUUUGCAGCAGUAGCCCCUCAACAGACAUGCAGGGAUGAACUUAACGCCAUCGAGGCUCGAUUGGCAUCUCAAAGUAAUGGUGCUCCUCGUGUUGGUACCCUCAAACCCCAGUGCCUUGACGACGGUAGCUACGCCCCGCGACAGUGCCUCGGAUCAAUUUGUCGCUGUGUGAGCCCAGAGGGUGCAAAGCUGACCGAGGAAUUCACUAUCGGCCUGGCAUACAAAACUAACUGUGAAUGUGCCAGUGAUCUUCAUCAAUAUUCCCUUUUGCAAAUUAUGGGCAAGAUAUUCAACUGUACUCCAAUCGGCAGUUACCACCCCACCCAGUGUACCGGAAGUGUCUGUUACUGUGUGGACCGUCAGGGUCAACAAGUAGGACAGGAAACCGUCAAUAUUGGUUCCCAAAACCAGCUCAAUUGUUAAGACAUCCAAUAAAGCAUUAUACCUGAUAUAAA